AUGACAAAACAAGAGAUUUCAGAACCUUUUUUUUUGGUUCUCGGAAAAUUUUAUUUUUCAAAGUCUUCUCUCUCGAAUUCUUUUUCAACUACAAAAAAAGUAAAAAGAGUCACAUCAAGGCGGAAAAAUAAAUCCAUUCGGGCUCGUAGAUAUUAUGCAAGAAAAAAUUUAAAGAGAAAAAUAAUUUCAGAAAUUUCAAAAGGUUCCAAACAAGAAGGGCAAAAAAGAAAAAAACUAAAACCAAAAAUAAUACUAUAUAAUAAAAAACACCGAAAAAUAAUUUAUCUCGAUAACGAUCAAAAAUAUUUGAAAUUGAAGAUAGUCGAUGUUCCAAGUAACAUAUUUGCAUCUCUUCCUAUAUUAUUAACACAAAUAUUAUCACCAUUUUCUUCAUCGUCUUCUCCUGCAUUAUCAUCAUUUUUAUCAUCAACUUCCUUUUCCCAUUUUCUUUCUUUUGGUAAUACAUUGAUCCAAGAUAAUACACAGAAUGCUCAAACUCAAGAACCAGACCCUGAACAAUUGUAUCUGGGAGAAUCCAACCACCUACAUAUUGAUGACAAUAAUACUGAUAUCAUAGAAACUGAGGAUCAUGAAGCUUAUAAUAAUUGUCCUGGUUUUAACCCUGAAUGGUUUAUUGAGGGUGUUAAUACGGAAGCAUCAUUAACCAAUAAUAUCACACCAAGUCAAUUUCAAUGUGGAGAAGAUCAAAUCGAUGCUUAUAACCAUGAUUAUUAUUUACAUAUUGAUGGACUUCCUUACCCUGUUACAAUUUGGUAG